ACCCUAAAAUAUAGAGUUACAAUUCUUGUCUAUUCCUAUCCGUUACGCAUUUGAUACCUAAAGUCGUGAAAGCAUAAUAAGGACGUUCGUUUUCUUUUGGUCUUCAAAAAUGAUGGAAAAAGUCGCUCCUACGCGCUCUUCAUCAGCGAUCACCAUCGUGGCUUCACUAGCGAUGCUGCUUUUGUGUUUUGGAGAAUUUGUGCGCAUUGAGAUCGUUUUAAAAAAGCAAACGAAUCGGCUUGAUGAAUUUGAGAAGUUUAUAACCUCAACACAACGUGACUGGAAUACCGCAAGUAUUGAUGAUAUCCAUUCUUCAAAAUAUAAUCAAGAAUUUGUGAAUAUGAAGCUAAUGCUAUAUGCUCAAACCUCAAGUAUAAAGAAAUUAGAAAGAGAGGUUAUUUUCUUAAAGAGGAACUCGAAACAUGUUGACARUUUCUCAGCAAACAAACCGGAGGAUGAACGAGAAACUGACCCGGAACUGACUCACAAAAUAUCSAAACGAAACAUUCGAGCUGAUAAUUUACCAAUAUUGAACACCACAAAACAGUCGCUUAAAGAUCAAAUCACAAAAACCAUUCAUCAAGAGGUUGGUAAAGCAGUGUCUAAGCUACAAUCUGCGAGAUACUGGAUUCCUAUUCCAGGCCCUCCAGGCCCACAAGGAGAGAAAGGACAGAAAGGUGAUGUAGGGACAAAAGGAUCACGUGGACCAAGAGGAAAGCUUGGAAGAAGAGGAAAACGAGGACCACAUGGUUUGAAAGGUGAUCCGGGAGAAAAUGGAGCUGCCGGUCCACAAGGCAUACCGGGAGCGAAGGGGGAUCCUGGUCCUUCCCUAGCACCACCAUCAGUAAUUAUUUCGCCCUCGUAUUUGGUUAUCAAUGAAAGUCAAACGGCCAUUUUGCAUUGUUCUGCUAUCGGUUACCCACGACCUGCUGUAGUUUGGAGUAAAGGAAACGGUUCGUUGCCGAAAGGAAGAUCUUUUGUUGACAGAAACGGGAAACUUGAACUGAGACAAGUCGCUUCAUCUGAUACAGGAACAUAUGUAUGCAAAGCUUUUAACAUUCUUGGUAGCAAACACAGCAAAUCGACAAUUGAAGUGAACUCACGACCUCGAGUGACCUUGAUCAGUGGACCAGUAUAUGAAAAGAUAGGUACGGACAUUGUCAUGCCAAAAUGUCACGUGACAGGACAUCCUAAACCAAAGAUCACGUGGUCAAAGUCUACUGGUUCAUUGAAUAUCAGCCGAAGCGUCAUUACAGAUGGACAGAUGACGCUCUUUAGAGCAAACAAAGAAGAUUCUGGGACAUAUUUGUGUAAAGCUGAAAAUCUUCUUGGCUCAGUUACAAAAGGAACAUUUCUUAUUGUUGUUGAGCUGCCAAGAUUCAGCAUCAAACCUCCUACAUCACUCGUCACCCUUCCUGGAAAAACUGUUCGUCUCAAUUGUAAAGCUACAGGAGAGCCUAAACCAGUCAUAACAUGGAGAAGAGAAAAUGGCCAAUACAAAACAGGUUUUGGAAACCUGAAUGGCGAGUUUUGGUUGGGUAACGAUUACAUCCAUCGACUGACAGCAAGAACACCAUCAAGUCUUCGCGUGGAAAUCGAGCACUGGGAUGGAACUCAGAUCUACGCCAAAUAUGGUAGCUUUAGUGUAGGUGAUGAGUCAGACAAGUACAGGUUGAGGGUUGGCGGGUAUUCGGGUACAGCUGGAGACUCGUUAGCAUGGCAUAACAACUGGGCUUUUACCACCAAAGAUAGAGAUAACGAUGGUCAUAGAGUGUUCACCAUCGUGGCUUCACUAGCGAUGCUGCUUUUGUGUUUUGGAGAAUUUGUGCGCAUUGAGAAUCGGCUUGAUGAAUUUGAGAAGUUAACAACCUCAACACAACGUGACAGAAAUACCGCAAAUAUUGACGACAACGAUUCUUCAAAAUAUAAUCAAGAAUUUGUGAAUAUGAAGCUAAUGCUAUAUGCUCAAACCUCAAUUAUAAAGAAAUUAAAAAGAGAGGUUAUUUUCUUAAAGAGGAACUCGAAACAUGUUGACAGUUUCUCAACAAACCGACCGGAAAAGGAUCGAGAAACUUACCCGGAAGUGAAUCACAAAAUAUCCAAACGAAACAUUGGAGCUGCUAAUUCACCAAUAUUAAACACCACAAAGCAGUCGCUAAAAGAACAACUCACAAAAACCAUUCAUCAAGAGGUUGGUAAAGCCGUGUCUAAGCUACAAUCUGCGAGAUACUGGAUCCCUAUUCCAGGACCUCCCGGUCCACAAGGAGAGAAAGGACAGAAAGGUGAUGUAGGGACAAAAGGACCAAGUGGACCAAGAGGAAAGCCUGGAAGAAGAGGAAAACGAGGACCACGUGGUUUGAAAGGUGAUCCGGGAGAAAAUGGAGCUGCCGGUCCACAAGGCAURCCGGGASCGAAGGGGGAUCCUGGUCCUUCCCUAGCACCACCAUCAGUAAUUAUUUCGCCCUCGCAUUUGGUUAUCAAUGAAAGUCAAACGGCCAUUUUGCAUUGUUCUGCUAUCGGUUACCCACGACCUGCUGUAGUUUGGAGCAAAGAAAACGGUUUGCUUCCGAAAGGAAGAUUUUCAGUUGACAGCAACGGGAAAGCUUGAACUGAAACAAGUCGUUUCAUCUGAUACAGGAACAUAUGUAUGCAAUG